CUGGAGCAGUGAUUCACGAACAGUAUCGAAGGUUAGAGAAAAUUCUGAUCCAGAUUCCACGAAUAUUAUUACAUACAUGUUAUAUGUACUUCACAUUUUUUGUCUCGAUCACGCAUUAAGAAAGACAUGAACUGGCUCGAAAAGAUGGGUAAAAAGAAUAAGUCACGAAAGACAACAUGCAAUUCAGCACCAGCUCCCGCUAGAGAACCUCCUGUUGGUGUUUGUAUCAAUAUGGGUAAAUGUUCAGAGUUUUUAAGGCUGAAGGAUUACUGCUCCCAAAAUCAUUUGGGAGAACCAGUAGUGAAAGCCAUACCCAUAUUGACCAACAAGGUUAAAAAUUUUACGUGUAAAAUCCAAGUGGGUGCAGUUGCCGCAAAUGAUCCUACCUAUCGUGCCAAGACAGUGGAGGAUGCGGUCAAUCACGUUGCAAGAUUGACCCUGGAAAAGCUGUAUCAGGAUGCGGUUCGCGCCAGGGAAAAAUCAAUUUACGGCGCUUCGAAUUGCGACCAGAAAACUUUGUUGGAUCGAAUCUCAAAAAUUUUGGUUAUGUCCGAGACUGGAUUUCGAAGCUCAAAAGUGGAGGAGAUUUACCUGGCAUCAUACGGGGAAAAACUGCCCCAUGACUGGUUUACAUUUGCCAUGGGCUGUGACGUCUUUGAAACCCUGAGCCCCAUCUCGGCCAUCAUCGGAUUAGCGCCGAAAUUCGAGUUGCCUGCCCUGGAAUUACCAUUUGGAUCUGUGUGGAAUGUCAUGGUGACAGCAAUCGAGGACACUGACAAAGUUUGGGUGCAGUUCACAGACGCAGGAUAUUCUGAUUUGAUUUACUCGAUGUUGCAUGAAGUCAAGAAUGCCGUUGACGCCAAUGCGAUUGGAUUUGGCAUGACCAAAGUACACACGGGUUCGAUUCUCCUCGCACGGCUUGCUAAUUCUUUAACCAGGGUGAAAGUCUUGGUAGCUGAUACAAACCGCGCCUCUUGUGAAAUGAUAGACUUGGGAGGAACCAUGAUGAUCUCGCUUGAUGACCUCACUCAUCUGCCGUACAUCUGCAGGAAGCUAGCUCCACAGGCAUUACUAGUCAAGCUACACGGUGUGGAACACUUUGCAAACUUGGACCCUAAAAUUGUUGAAGUCACUCGUCAGUUGAUGAAUAUUGUGUUUAGUGCGUUACACAAACAAGAAGCAAACGAAAGACCCAGCUUGGUCUUGUACACAUUUGGAAACACUGAAGGCAAGUCCGUUAACAGCGCGCUGGUUGAUGAUAUCGCCAACAACCUUUACAAACCAGGCUUUGAACUUGCUUCUUGUGGCCAAGUGAUUGUUUCUCACGCGGCCUCUGAAAUGGAGAUAUGCGUUCAGACGCAGCCUGUCGUGGUGAGCUGGCUGUACAAGGAACUGACAGCGGCAUGCAUCAAUGCCAACAUUCUGCAAGAAGAUAAGCCCACUUUUAUGCCCGUGGACAUAAUGUACGUUGUUAUUGUGGACAACGGUGACAACAAGUUCGAGCCGUUCUUGUACAGAAGAGGUUUGCUGUUGGAAAUCAAGAAGGCUGCCUUGUGCACGAUGACCUUGGUCUUUUUGGUGGACACUGGAGAAACAAUUUGGGUGCCGGAAAACCGGAUCCGCAACUUCCCUUGCUGCCCAUUCGAUUUUACUCUAAUUUUACCACAGGCAACCAAGUGUCUCCUAGGAGGAUAUGAAGAGCAGAUACCGCUGACCUUUGAACAGCUGAAGCAUCUUGAAAUGUCCAGAUGCACCGUCAACUUAAGAGUUCUCUCCUAUGAUGGGAGUCACAAACUACCUUUGGUGCAAAUUGCACCAUAGUUCGCACCAGUCAGAUUUUUAAUGCAGCGCUUCGCUUGAUUUUGACGAUUCAUAUGAUAUGUAUAUUAUAGAUUUAAACUUGUAAAUAAGUUUCUACUGAUCGCCCACUGUUUAGCUCUUUAAUGAUUUUGCCAUGAAAGAAUUGUGAUUUGGGCAUUAUAGCAAAAUCUUAUGGGUUCAAUUAGUUAUUAGAGGAAACGUCUAAAACAGUUAUGGACUGCCUGGUUUGUAUGGAAUGUUUUCUGUGUGCCAAAAAUUGACGGGCCUGAGGUUAAUUGAAAUUUUAAUUGCGCUAUUGCAAUCACAAAAGAGUAUUUUUUUGUGGUGGUGAACAGAUGGAUGUGACGCUCAAUAACUAAUUUGGAAUGCUUAUUGAUAUGAUGGCUUGUCUGUGUUUGAGAAAAUGGUAAGACAAAUGGUUAUGCGUAAUGUAUUCAUUAACCAAAGUUUGAUUCUUUCUCAUUUGAAUAUUUAGAGUAAAUCAGAAGACUAACAAUAAGGAAAUAAAUCUUUGGUUACAAUAAUUAUGCAGGGAAACUGUUUUCGCUAACAUUUUAAAAGGUUUUCCUUAUUAAAAGCCUCACAUAUUGUUUCCUUCAUUAGAGUGUGUGAUUUUUAGUUUCUCCUGUUUAGUUUUCGUCCAAAAUAGUGAUUGCCUCCUGAUGACACACAAAAACCUCUCAUACAUACUAGGAAAUCCCAUUCCAUUUAAGGUUCUCAUGUUUCCUACUAAUUGUAGGCCUAGAAAUCCUGCGAUUCCUAUUUUUCUGUAUUUGCAUUUCAAUAUUUGUAAAAUUUCAAGGAAACUAUCUUCCUGACUGAAUUGUGAUUAAAAAAUGAGCGCAUAUGACACAAUGA